UCCGAAUGAUCUUCGUGAAAUAAUAGGGUUCAGUGUGUUAGAAUGCAAUAGCCAACCCUCUGCAAGCUCUAGAAUGUUCAUAUUUUGGUGCGUGAUAGAAAAAUCAGUUAUUAUAUUAUAUUUAUUGUUGACUUUGUUAUAACCUGAUUGGGCUCGUUGCUAUCUGCUUGGUGUUCAGCACAUUUCAUUUAAAUUCAAGUUUAAUACUUUUAUUCAACCGAACGGCUAAAAUUAAGGUUCGCACUCAGUACCCAAAGGGGACUUUUUCCUUAAACGUCUUGUUUUCCAUCACACUAUCAACGAUAAAUUAUUUUCUCUGUUCUCUACUCUUAACAGGGUAGCAGAGAAGCUGUUACCGGCGAAGGAAGCAUAAAUGUCCGAGACAACGUGUCGUAAUGGUGACGGAGAAGAUUCAGGAAUAGUUGUUACAAUAGAAAAUGAAGUUGAAAACUCUAACCUUACACAGAAUGACAUUGUCGAAGAAAUAAAUGCCAAGCAUCGUGUGAAUCAAAGUGGAAGAGUAACAGAACAAGCAAUUACCCAAGAACAUACUGAGCAUGACAAGAUAAAAGUGGAUGGAAGCGAAACGGAAGAAGUUAUUGCAACUUCCUUGGAUCGAGAGGUGUUAAAUGAAACAUCCGCUGAUUCUCAAGAGCGACCGAAAGGGGAUUGUGCUAUGGUAAUACCUCAGAGAAUAGAAAGUGACAGCGACUGUGAAAAUCUUACGGUGGAAAUUCCAGUAACCGUUUUCGUAGACGUCGACCGCGAUCAGCUAAGGACCUCUGUUUUAAACAUGGCCGACCAACCAGGAAACGUGUGUAUCGAGAUGGACAAUGUGUUUGAGUUGGAGAGGACUAAUGCCGAGAACAGUUUCGAUAAAUCGCCUUCAGACACAACCAAGAUUUUAUACUUCUCUGAAGGAGAAAGUACGGACGUUGAAAGCGAUGUUUGUCGCAUUUGUCAUUGCAGCGAGGAAAUGGAGAUCUUGAUAAGUCCAUGUUUGUGUACUGGCUCUGUCAAGUUCGUUCAUCACUCUUGUUUAAUGAACUGGUUACAGCGGGCAGUGAUGAGCAAAUGUGAACUGUGUCUGUAUCCUUUAGCAGUCAAACGAAAGAGGAAACCUUUUAGUAAGUGGCGUCUUCCAGAGGACAAACCUUUUCCUAUUCUGUGGCUAUUCACCUUUGUUGUGGCUAUGACGCUGAACGUAGCCUCCAUAGCCAAAGACGGCAGUCAGAGAUGUGUGUCGAAUCCUUGUAUUAUUUUCUACGUGCUUGGCUCAGCGGGGGCUCUUCUAGGACUGGCCUUCUUCUACCACUGGCUGCGUAAAACCUUGCGCUACGUAGCAAAAUGGAUUGCGCUUAACCAGGAAUGGACUUUAGUGGGUCCCAUUGACUUGAGGAGUCAUCUGGGCCAGACAAAUCUUGCCUACUCUUCAAAGUCACUCUCCGAGACAGACGCAACACAAGAACGUAGUAGCCUAGACGCGUAGUAGAUGGACCGAUAGUUGCAUGCACAAACAUUGCCUUUUGUUGGAGAUACGUUAUCUUGGAAAAUUGACGGGAACUAAGAGGCCAGCGAUGUUAUCCUUCACGUGCACAUGUCUUCACUUUUUGUGAACAGAGGCCUUAGCUGAUGCUACAUUUUCCGCUGAGGCGAGUUGGGAAGUUGAAAGAAACCUCUGAUUUUGAUGGUUGUAAACAGAAACUAACAGUUUUAAGGCGAUGCAUGGUUCAAUAUUAGUUUCUAGAUUUGUGUUUGUAAGUUAUGAUCGUUAAAACUUUCUCAAGUGACUUUGGAGACUAACACAUGACAUUCUAUUUUUUCUUUGGAUCGAUUACGUCACGAAUGAUCAAUCCAAAACAACACCAUAGAUGAAAAUUAAUUGAAGAGUAAUAUAUUAUGUAGGUAGUUUUGGAAGUCAGAAGUUUUUCCUAUUCUCUACUUUCUCAGAUUUUCUUACGUUAUUUCUUGAUCCAACUCACUUUUUGUACAGUUCAUCCAAUUGUGACGUUAACUUAAAAUAAUUAUAGUUAAAUUAUUGAAAGUAUUGAAAGUUAAAUACAAAAUUAAGAAAUAUAUAUCCCGUUUAUUUUGAAAAGAUAAUAGAAGAAAAGAACAAUUUUCAAAAUUAUUAACUCCAGUUUAUAAUAUUGUAAAAGAAGGUAUAUUUCAAAUAGUAUCGAAUGUUCACAGUUGCUGUACAUGUAAAGCAUUUUGUUACAGUUUUGAAUAAAACUUUGUUAUUAAUGUAAAACCACUCACUGAUCUUACGACCUCGCCACUAAAGCGAGGUUAAAAACUCCAGCCGAGGAGAUCUUGUGCCCAGUUCUGUAUCUUCUUGUCACAAGGGCGGAGGAAAGCUGGAAGCUUGUUCUUUUGUGGCUUCUUUAGAUGCUCGGAAUAAAGAAUUUCAUGAUGA